AUGGUUGAAAGGAACCUCGUCUCGACCCCCGGGGUCGUAUCCUGGAAAUUUGUUCUGUAUUUCUUUAUGGUCACAUCCGUCCUGUUUGUCUUUCCACUGUUCUCCGUAUUACAGUCCAGUGAUCAACCUCGCUUCCUCGACCGCAGCUCAUUGAGCUUACCAGCAUCCCAGCAAUUCAUUCCCCUGGAGAGUAUCAAACCUGAAACCGACAGUCAAACUGACAUCGAACCCUCAAUCAAAAAUCGAUCAAUCCUUAACGACCAUGAAGAGGAAUCCAAGGAUGCCCAGGAAACGACCUCUCAGGGGCUCCAACAAUCGACUCCUGCAGAAUGCCCCCCGAAUAAUAGAACGAUCCUGAAGGUCUAUAUGUACGAUUUGCCCCCUGAGUUUCACUUCGAACUCUUAGAUUGGAAAGCCCGAGGCCGGAAUGGUAAUAACGUGUGGCCCAACAUUCGAGUCCAAGUCCCAUCCCAUCCUGGAGGACUCAACCUGCAGCACAGCAUUGAGUAUUGGCUCACUCUGGAUCUCCUCUCCUCGGAAGGCCGUAGUGCGGUCAGAGUGCUUAACUCCAGGGAGGCAGAUGUGGUAUUUGUCCCAUUCUUCUCCUCUCUGAGCUAUAAUCGGUUCUCGAAGGUGAAGCCACGACAGAAGAAGAGCACGAACGCAUUGUUGCAGGAGAAGCUCGUCCAAUUUUUAAUGAAACAAGAGGAAUGGAAGCGGUCAGGCGGAAGAGAUCAUGUCGUCCCUGCCCACCAUCCGAACAGUAUGCUCAGCGCAAGGAUGAAACUGUCGCCUGCCAUGUUUAUCCUCUCCGACUUCGGGAGGUAUCCCCCAAACAUAGCAAACAUUGACAAGGACAUCAUAGUUCCCUACAAGCAUGUGGUCAAGAGCUUUGCUGAUGAUGAGUCGGGGUUCGAGAGCCGCCCAACCCUGCUUUAUUUCCAGGGCGCCAUACAAAGAAAAUCAGGUGGCUUCAUUCGGCACGAGCUGUUCAACCUGCUGAAAAACGAGAAGAACGUGCACUUCUCGUUCGGAACCGUCCAACGGGAUGGGAUCAGGAAAGCGACACAGGGAAUGCGUUCGUCCAAGUUCUGCCUCAACAUAGCUGGGGAUACCCCCUCAUCGAACCGGCUCUUUGACGCAAUUGCCAGUCACUGUGUCCCGGUCAUUAUCAGCGACGACAUCGAGCUUCCGUACGAGGAUGUCCUGGACUACUCCAAGUUUUGCAUCUUCAUUCGGAAUUCAGAUGCUCUCAAGAAGAACUUCCUCGUAAACUACAUCAGAGGUAUCGGGAAGGAAGAGUGGACUCGAAUGUGGGAGAAGCUGAAGGAGGUAGAGAGUUUCUACGAGUUUCAGUACCCGUCGAAAGAGGGAGAUGCCGUGCAGAUGAUUUGGCAAGCCAUCGCACGUAAAGUUCCGGCCAUGCGCAGGAAGCUUCAUAAGACAAGCCGGUUUUCUCACCACACCGCUCCUGUCAAAUUGAGAUCUGUCCGGUCCAGACACGAUUUCUUAUAACUAUUUUUGUGGUUUUGGUGUAUGUUUCAGUUAGAUAGGAAACACAAAUUUAGUGCUGCCAGAGAAAUAGACAGGCAAUGCCCUCUCAAUGCAACAUUGCACUGAACAUUUAUCUUUGAAGAGAAUUGUCGAUGAUGAAAAGACGUAAACCUUUUGAGUUCAUUAGUGAAUUAGCCAUAAAAUGCGCGGCAAGAUUGCAUAA